AUGCGUUACGCUCUCGCCUACGCCGCCCUCGCCUCCACGGUGUCGGCCCAUGGACUCGUCACCAUGAUCAAGGGUGACAAUGGUGUCAUGAUGCCCGGUCUCGGUGUCACUGAUGGCACGCCCCGUGACUGCUCCUCCAACGGCUGCGGCUCGCAGGCCGACACAUCCAUCAUCCGCAACCGUGACAUGCAGCAGAACCCUCUGGGCAAGACGCAGGGCGGUGGCCCCGUCGACGCCGCUGUUAACGUCGCCCGCUUCAUGGGCUCCAGCAACACCUCGCCCCAGAACAAGGGCGCCUCCGGCGCCACCGGCCAGGAGGACGACCUCUCCGGCCUCCCUGCUGGCGCUGCUAAGCGUCACGAGGAGCGCAAGCGUCAGCUCGACAAGCUUUUCGGCGGCCUCCUUGGAGGUGCUGGCGGUGCUGGCGGUGCCGGCGGUGACAAGGCUGCUGGCGGUGCCGGCGGUGCUGCUGGUGGCCUCCUCGGCGGCCUCGGCGGCGGCGGCGGCGGCGGUGCUGGUGGUCUCCUCGGCGGCCUCACCGGCGGCGGUGGCGGCACCAAGAGCAACUUCGCCGCCGAGACCAUGGUCGCCGACACGGCCGGUACGGGUAACAGCCAGGGCCUGCCCACGUCGGACAGCAACGGCGUCGUCAGCCUGGUCUACCGCCAGAUCAACCAGGACGGCGCCGGCCCGCUGUCCGCCACCGUCGACGGCACCUCGGGCGGCAAGGACGCCAGCGCCUUCCAGAACGCCGAGGUCGUCAAGGACGUCCCCGGUCUCGGCGUCGGCGGCCUCUCCCUCGCCACCAACACCGACUUCCCCCUCCAGGUCAAGAUGCCCGCCGGCAUGACCUGCGACGGCACCAUCGCCGGCGUCAACAACGCCUGCGUCGUCCGCGUCCGCAACAGCGCCGCCGCGGGUCCCUUUGGCGGCUCCGCCGUCUUCACCCAGAGCGCGCCCGCCCGCAGGGCCGCCAUCGCCUACAGGCUCCGCAAGCGUAUGGAGAUUGCCCGCGAGGCCGUCCCGUUCACCGAGGUCGACGAGGAGGAGGAGCUCGAGGACGAGCACGAGGAGUAA